UUCUUUCGGGUGACUUUAAAUUCUCCAGAGAAGCUACGCUCCAAAACCCGUUUUACCUGUUUGGGGUAAUUUAAUGUGAGUUACCCACCGCCUCCAUUACCACCACCCAUUUGGGCUAAGUGCUCACUAGCUUGUAAAUUUUGCUACGUGCAUUUGCUCUGCUAGAUUUCUUAGAAGUUGCUCUAUAAAUAAAGUAGCCAGCGGAAGUUUGCCGGGGUUGACAUCCCAGCUCAGCCUCUGCUCCUGAAUUUUCUGAGGCAGGAGGAAUCACAAGAUAAAAAAAUAAGGAUUUAUUAUUAUUAUUAUUUUUGCCCCGGCAUUUGCCUUCUGUCCCCAAGCCUGGAGCACGCACGUCCCUUAGACAGGUGCCAAGCUCUGAGAAAUUAUACACAUUGUAAAUAAAAGCCAGGUGGUUAGCACAAUUAGCCUGGGAUUUGAUAGGGCCAGUAAGUUGCUGUUACAAGGAGAUAAAAGCAGACACGAGGUGAGGUUUACUCAUGCUGAGAUGAUGAGAACCAGGAAGUGCCCCCUCUGCCGCCGUUUUGCUGGUUCAUGCUUGCAAAGCAGGAAAAAAGGCAAAGCUAAAUUAAAAUAGGAGAGAUGGGCUGUUUGCAAGGAAGCGGAAAAUCCUAAACAGGCAGUAGAUUUGCAAAACAUCUCCGCUGGCAGAGCUGUUUUCCCACAGAGGACCGAGUAUCCGCUUGCAAGCUGAUGGUGGAAAGAAGGUUUAUUUAUGUAUGUGGAAGGCUUUGUGUGCGGCCGGCCAACGCUGCUCCCCAAGCAAACAGGGUCUCUAGCCGGACCCCCGAGAUCCCUUGUGGAUUUCAUGGAGACAGCAACACUCCUGCCUUCUCAAUUUAGGAGAAGCACCGGCUGGGGUUCUGUUAUGUCCUGCUUCACCCAGGUCUGGCACACCGAAGUGCCAGAAUCCCCACCCUCGACUCCCCAAAGUCCCAUCCCGGCGGCCCCCCACGAGAGACCCAUCCCGCUCAUUCCGAUUGUCAUCACCUCUCCCUCUGAGGAAAACAGACCCGCCGUGUGUUCGCCCGUGGGGUCUCUGGUGGGCUCCCCCGUGGAUGGGAAGACCAGGCUGGGCUCUCCGACGGACCGGCCCACCUCGCCGAUCGAAUGCUCCAUCUGCUUCAACACCUACGACAACCUCUUCAAGACGCCCAAGGUCCUUCACUGCCAGCACACCUUCUGCUUGGAGUGUUUGGCCCGGCUGACGGCCGCCCUGUCUCCCAAUCGGGUGGAGGACCAGCUUCCCUGCCCCUUCUGCCGGCAGCUGACCGAAAUCCCCCUCGAAGGGGCUCCAGGGCUUCGGACGAGCAAAGAGGUGAUGGCCACGCUGCCCCCCGAGCUGCAGAAGGAGAAGCAGCUCUGGAUGGAAGGCACCAAGCUGUGCUGCAGACAGUCCUCCGAUCCAGAGAACGCCCACACCUGCAUCACCAUCGACAUUGCCCCCAGCAAGCCCGAGGUCCCCGAGACGCCCACGGAGGGGGUCAUAGGACGCCUCUCCCGCUGCUCGAUUUGCGACGACUGGAAACGCGUCCUUCUGCUUUCCGUGUUGAUCAUCAUUCUCUUCUGCAUCAUCCUGUGGCCGGUCCAGUGUAUCGUCAAGACGGGGAACUUGAAGUGCCUCAACAAAUUUACGCUCCCCCGGCCAAACUACGUGCCUUACCAUCUCACCACCCCGGCCCCCGUGCUGGACCACACCAAAUUCAUGGAGUGACGGACGGGGGAGGGCCGUGCGGUACCGCUUCCGAGGGGUAGGGCGAGCGCUGAUCAUUUGGGAGAAAGUCCACUGGAGUCCUAGUCUCUUCUGGAAGGAACCGGCGACGUGGGGUGGACUUCUCCUGUCCUUUCUAGAGGAUUGCGUCGGGUUCGAUGGACCCGGCGCAACGCAACUCAGGGAAAUGCUUGGGGUGUCCACCGUCUUGGGACAGUUGGAUGCUCUUGAUCAUGUCAACCUGAUGCCCACUUCCACACCUCCUAAGUUGUUCUGUGGUUUGUGAGGCGCCACUGCCAAAGUUCAUGCAGAAGACAACGUAGGGGAGAACACAACACUCCGCAACGGGGAGAAUGGUGGCAGUGGCGAGAGAACCAAGAGGCUUUCGCCUCCCAAGAGAUGCAACUCAGAGCCAAGGAACCAAAUUCUGCCUACUCCCCCUUUUUGCUGAGGGCAAGGGGCUGACCCUCAACAUUUUGCCUCCACCUCCGGUUUCAUUUGGGCGAAAGGAGAGGAUGCUUCCUUUUCUAUUGUUAUUAAACAUUUCAGUUUUAUACCGCU